AUGGUGGCCACAUUUGAAUGGUCAGACCUCGUAGAGAAAGCCUUGGAGGAUGAGUGCAAGGGCCUCAACUUUACGAAGUUGGUCCACAUCUGGAAAGCCAUGGCACACACUCGAUGGCAUAGAGCGGUAUGCCACAAGUAUGUGCAGAAUCUCGAAAAGAGUAUACAAGCAGAAUACUUCCACAAGGCACAUGAGUGGGGCGAUGCCAACGUGGAUGAAUACAGAUGCCACAUGCUAGUCAUCCAGUACAAGAAAACGUUCAGCGACUGGUCGCUGGGCAUGCCAUCGAGUGGGAUGGAAGAGGAUUUCGCAAGGGAGUUUGGGUACCGAGAGAAAUAUUAUACCUUGGCAUCACAAUGCCAACGCGACUUCAAGGAUGAUGAGGUGCUGCCUGCAGAUGUGGAUGACUGGGGCAACCAGAUAGACGAAGUUCACCGGUAA